AAUUAAACGAGGAAAAAGUUUAGUCGGCCCACACACAUAGCAAAAUUCGAUUGUCUUUUUAAUGGCAAUGGUUUCGUUUGAUUCGACAAUGAUUCAUGGCGUUCUUCUGCUGAUUGCUAUUGAUCUAUCCACCGUACGAACCCGUAGCACUCCCAAAGGCGGUUUAGGGAGAACCGCCUUUACUGCAUUAGAAGGUUUCAAAACUAAUCACAAUAACGAUGAAUAUACGAAGGCUUUGCACAAAGAAGAAAGCUAUUUUAAAAAAUCACAGAAGCGCGUAGAAUAUUCUACGAGCGUUCAUUCUACGGCUGGAUUCGCUAAUUUACACCAUACAGACCAUUCUCUAGGCCAAAACAGUGGUUAUUCCAAUCACGAGGAAAAUCAUCAAUACACCGGCCACUCACAAGGAGCAAAUUCAGGAGGAAAACAACAUCAGGAUUAUCAUCGAGAUGACGAUUUUCAUAACAAAUUAUCGACCCAAAAAAAAGAUUUCGACCGAAAGAAACAUAAACAUGAAGAUACAAUAAAUAAUCAUCUUAAAGGUAAUCUGGAUGCGAGUCAUUACAAGCACAAGAAAUCACAGAUUCAAAGCCACUCCGAGCACAAGGUUGUGAAAAGCAAAAAAAAAUCUAGUAGCAGUUACAAACAAGGUGGGCAUGUACAAAAUAGGCAUAUACAAAACAGUGAAGACGACGAUGGAUACAAUAUUGCAAAACAAUCUGAACAUGAAAUAAGUACCGGUAAAUCCAACGUUGAAAUGGUAACUGGUGCUGGAUAUCAAAAUGCUGGAACAGGAAUAGGAGUUGGAACAGGUGUAGGAGUUGGAACAGGAGCAGGAGUUGGAACAGGAGCAGGAGUUGGAACAGGAGUAGGAGUUGGAACAGGAGUAGGAGUUGGGACAAGUGUAGGAGUUGGAACCGGAGCAGGAGUUGGAACAGGAGUGGGAGUUGGUGCAGGUGGAAUGGCCGGUGCAAGUGGAGCUGUCGGAGGAAGUUUUCAAUUACACACGGCACUAGGUAGCGGUGUUGGAGCUGGAGUCGGGACCGGUUUAGGACUUGAUACUGGAUUAUUUGCUCCUGCAAUACCACUAGGAUUUAUCGCCCAUCCACAUCCUAUCAAUCCAAUGGAAUUUAUGACAUUCUUGGAUUCGACUUUCCUCAAACAUAUACCCGGAUAAAUCCAAUCAUAUAAAAAAUACAUUUUUAUUAAGGCAAUAAAACCAAUUUAUAUUAUAAACUACAUACCUAAUACAUCCAUACUGCCAAGUAACACAG